GAAAGGAGAGAACUUUGGCAAUCCCCUUGAGAAGGACGGAAUGAGCUUUUGCUCAAACUUACAGCACCUCGUGUGUUUGAAGGCAUCGCUCUUCGGAGCAUCUAGGCAUAUUGCCCACAAUUUUUUAAUAAUAAUGAAAACGAAAAAGCUUUGGGUAUUAGGGUGUUUAAUAAAAUAAGUAACGUGACCGUCACUUUUUUUUUAAAAUUUUAAAAUUAUAUCAUUUCGCAGUUUUUCGAGUUGUUUCCCUUUCUUUUUUUCUCUAGUAUAACAUACCCUAGCACAAUAACAAAAAACAGAAUUAUAUAAAAAAAAAAUGGGAAAAACACAAGAAGAAACCAUGAAUAAUCCUUUUAUUCCUCAAGAUAGUAAGCUUCAUGCUUUGACAAGAGCUGAGGAAGAAAACUGUUAUAAAGAUAUGAAGGCAAAAGCCCUUGAAUUCUGUCAAUUACCUAUCAAAGACUUUGUUACAUGUAGUAAAGAACACAACGUUACUGUCAUGUGGACUUGUAGAAAAAAAUUGAAGGCCAUGAACAAUUGUUUGAACGAAAAAACUUCUCAAGUAGAAUUAGAUAAACUUAUGUUGGCCAAAUUAGCAAAGAAAAAGUUGGAACAACAAGCUUCUAAAUAAAAUAUAUCACAAUACGCAU